AUGUCACUCCUUCUGUUGGUUUCUGCUUACCUAUUAGGUGGAGUCACGUUUCUCCCGUUGCUCCUUGUGGCUUUCUUGGUGCUCCAUCCCAAGAAGAAGCCCACGCCACAGCCAGAGCAAUUGAAAGCUGGGGAAAUCGAAGAGUUGAGCAAUACUGGCUUAGAUGCCUUCAAACAGGGCUGGAUCACCGUUACUCAUGAGCAUAUCGAAUCACGAGACCAACUAUCUUCAUCCACACAGUCUGUUUCGGAGUCCAAUGAGGGAAAGUCUGCUUACGCUUCCCUUUACAAGUUGGUGAAGAACUCUAAUUCCAAAGCGAACAAAUCUUCCAAUGGUAGCAGCACAUCCGUGGACUCUUCCGAUUCCAUCGAAUCACCCAUGGCUGGAAGCACAGGGAAUGGACCCAAACCUACCAACAAAAAGCAUCGCUAUUAUGGUGUGUUGAAGCAUAGCAAUCUCUUUCUCUAUAAGGAUGAGCGAUUGCGGGAUGUCAAGCAUGUGGUUGUUCUUUCGAACCACGUUGUGGCACUCUGGCCACGAUCAUUGUCGGAAGGCUCAUUGUUCACGACAAACUCUUCAAUAGCAAUCUUGAAAAAGGAUUGGAAGAGAAAUCGCAGACUUUCGGAUAAUAUCGGCAAACCAUCAGAGGCGGACUGGUCCGAUGACAAAAAGAUCACCAUCGAGGAUGUGUUGAAUCCCGAGAAGAACUUGCCUGCCCCACCAGGAACGUUUUUCAUCUACACAGAUGUGAAUAUUGAUAAAGAAGACUGGUACUUUGCGCUCAUUAGAGCCACUAAGUCGGACAACGACAGCUAUGCUAAACUUGACCCACAAAUUCAUGCCAAAACGCUCCAUUUUGAAACUCAGAACAUGGUAAGUCUCAUCCAGACACUUUACAGCUCCGAGGGCCAGCUCCAGACCAAGUGGUUUAAUGCCUUGAUGGGGAGAUUAUUUCUUUCGCUCCAAAAGACAGACUUCAUGAGAAACUACCUUAUUUCCCGCAUUGAGAAGAAGCUCAACAAGUUGAAAACUCCAGGUUUCCUUGACAAGUUUCAGAUCACCAAGGUUGAUGCCGGCCACGCUGCUCCUUUCAUCACUUUUCCAGUUUUAAAGGAGAUUAAUCCAGAUGGCGACCUUCUCGUUUCCCUAUAUAUGCAAUAUUCGGGGUGUAUGUCCAUCCAAAUAGCCACAAAGUUUAACUUGAACUUGGGUACUCGCUUCAAGUCCCGAGAAAUGGAUGUCUUGCUCUCUAUGACGCUCGAGAAGCUUGAGGGUCCGAUGCUCAUCAAAAUCAAGCCUCCACCUUCAACAAGGAUGUGGUACACUUUCGAAAACGAGCCUAUCAUGUCAGUGAAGAUCGAGCCGGUUAUCAGCUCCAGACAGUUGUCAUACAACAUCAUCACCAACACUAUCGAGAAGAAGUUGAAAGAGGCUGUUAAGGAAUCAUUGGUCCUUCCUCAUUGGGACGAUUUCAUAUUUUAUAUGACUAUGGACGAAUUAUACAGAGGUGGAGUCUGGGAUAAAACAGUCAGAGAACAAGCAGGUGCCGAAGAAAACUCUGACAGUGGAUCUACCCAAGACGCAAGUUCCACUCAAGAGGCUCAAUCUUACGACACCAAUUCUAUUGCCCUCUCCACAAACGAUGAAAAUCUGAGCAUUUUGACGUUCGAUGAUGGUGACUCCAAUACGGUAAGGUCAGAAGCAGUGUCGUUGACUGAUGCCCUUCCUCAGAAAUCUCAGAAAACAAAAUUUUCGACUACAAUCGGCGAUCUCUCCAAACGCUUGAGAAAGGCAAAGUCCACUCAUACCUUAGGUGUGGAUGAAACAAAUUGUCUUUCUGAUGGCUCCAUGAUGGAAUCCAGCAUCAGCAAACCACCCUUAAACGAAGACACCGAUGCUGCUUCUACAUCUGCAGACGUCAAGGGAAACACCUUGCGCAAGUUUGGAACGUGGUACUACGAGAAAUCACAAGCUGCUGAGCCGACAACAACAUCUGCACCAGCUUACAACCCUCCAGAGAUGAUUACCAACCGUCGUCGCAGCCGGAAACAGUCGUCUGCCACCCUUUCGUCAGAUCCACAAGCCACAUCGGAUGGCACUUCGUACGACUUUGGAGCAUCUGUGGCAGAGCAGAAUUUAAUGGCCAGAAGUAUCGAUUCCAAUGCAGAGCUUCUCGCUUCCGUAGUUUCAGCUCCUGCGCCUGUUCCAGCACUGCCAGAGCCUUCAAUCACAAACGUCACUUCAACACCUCAGGAUAUGUCAACUCAAAGCCAGAAAUUGGAUCCACCACAAUCAAUUCUGAGAUCUGAAACAGUUCUCCAUAGAAGGCCACCCCCUCCAGGGCCGGCUCCUGAUUUCCCCGAUGAAAGCUAG